UUAUAAAAUAAUAAAUAAUGGGUUCAAAUAAACGUCACAAGUCUGAUAAAAAUAAGGAAUCAAAAAAGAAAAGACACCGCAGCCGUUCGAGGUCUUACAGUCCGGAUCCAGACAAAAGUGAGCGACAUCGUCACCACAAAAAGCACAAGAGGAAAGAACGUAAAGACUACGACAGUGAUGUGGAAAUAGUGACGACUCCACCACCUCCGCCGAAGAUAUCAAAGAACCACGAUGUUACUCCACCUCCACCAGAGAUAUCAAGACCAAGGACACCAUCACCACCUGCGCGUUCCAGUGGAUCAGGUGGGAAUUCUACUCUGUCGAUGUCCAUCGAGGAGUCCAACAGGAUUCGUGCCAAGUUGGGGUUGAAGCCCCUGGAAGUAAAUGCCGCGCCGUCCAAGGAUGACCCGGCGAAAAUUAAAGAUGACUUGGGGGAAUUUUAUCACAAGCCGGCGCAAAAUGUCGCGGAAAAAGUUCAAACUGAGAAAGUUAGGGAGAGGAUCAAUGUCCAGAAGCAGAAAAGAAUGAUUGAGACUAAUUUGUCGAAGAUCAGAACUCUAGGUGAUGAUGAUUCUGAUGAAGAUGCUCUGGCUUGGAUUGAGAAAAAUAGACAGCUGCAGGAAGAGAAGAAGAAAGCUGAGUUAAGGGCUAAGCAACUGGAUCAGCUGGAUGAGGAGUUUGGGAUUGGAGAUCUGGUUAAAGAAGAGGUUAGGAAUGAUAGGAGGGCUGCUUAUUCUGAUAAGGAUCUUCGGGGUCUUAAAGUUGAACAUAAUAUUGAAACGUUUGCAGAAGGACAAACAGUAAUUUUAACUCUUCAAGACAAAGGAGUCCUGGAUGAAGGCAACGACGUUUUAGUAAACGUAAAUCUUCGUGACGACGAAGUCUACCACCGUAACGUAAAGAAUAAAUUAAAGAAACCAGGUUACGACGCUUACGACGAGGAUCACUUCGACGAGUUUGGCCUGCCGAAGAACCAAGUUCUUGAAAAAUACGACGAAGAAAUUGAAGGUGAGAAGAAACAAAGCUUCAUCCUGGGGAUAGACAGCGCCAAGGAAGUCCAACAACGUCGUUCUGAAAUAGUAAAGCAGCGAUUAGCCAACAAGCGACUUGAAAGUUUGAAAUUACAGGAGCCAAAGUUGGCCAGCGAGUAUUACAAUGAAGACGAGCUGGCCAAGUUUAAGAAACGCAAGAAGAAAGUAAGAAAAAUAAGACAGAGUAAGACUCUCAAGGCCGACGAUUUGGUUCCUGACAGUACGGAUUAUCUGAGAGAUUUAGGAAGUAGACGACGAAAGAAGCCCGAAGAGACCAAAGUCAAAGCUGAUGUUUCAGAUGCUUUGGACGUUGCGGACUAUGAAUUGCCAUCUAGAGAAUUAUUGAAUGCUAAAAUAGAAGAAGAUAAAAAGGAGCCGGUGGUCAGUCGGGUUUUGAGUAAAAAAAAUCAAAUGAAAGAUUCUUCGAGUUCCUUUAAUGAAACUCUGCUUAAUUUAAUUAAAAACGAGCCGAGCAGUGAAGAGAAAAAUAUUUCAGGUAAUAUUACGCUAAAUGCGACGGCUGAAUUUUGUCGCACGCUUGGAGAGAUCCCGACCUACGGAUUGGCGGGCAAUCGCGAGGAUGACGACCGGGAGAUGAUGGACUUUGAAUACGACGAGCCUAAAGAGGAGCCAGUGGAGCUUGAAGACCCGGAUGAUGGCCGUGGAGCUUGGAACACUGUGAAAUUAGACGAAGUUAAGCGCGAGCCAGUCACCCUAGAGGCUGCUAUCCUCGACGCAGAGCCCUCUCUAGGUCAGGGACUCAGCGGCGCUCUUCGUGUGGCCAUGAGCAAAGGGUAUCUUGAUCAGGAAGACUCCAACAGACCUUCCGCGAGCAGGUUCGCUCAUCUCCAAGCUCAGAAUUAUUCUAUUGAAGAUAAGACUUAUGGAGAUGAUGACAAGUUCGGUCGCAGGGAUAGAUUUAAUGGACCCUCGUCGGACUUUAAGGAAAAAGAAGGAUUCAAGCCCAAUGUCAAGCUCGAGUAUAUUGAUGAUGAGGGACAUGUGCUAAGUUCUAAAGAAGCUUUUAGGUAUUUGUCUCACAAGUUCCACGGAAAAGGUCCGGGGAAAAAUAAAGUCGAGAAGAGGAUGAAGAAAGCUGAGCAAGAAGUUCUUAUGAAACGCAUGUCUUCGACUGAUACUCCUCUUGGUACCCUGAAUCUUCUUCAAGCGAAACAAAAGGAAACACAGUCGCCGUUUAUUGUCCUUAGUGGGAAUAAACAUAUGCAGGCCACUUCUAUUUCUAAGACCAAGCAUUAG